GGCCCAGGGAGGGGCGGGGCGCCCGCCGUCCCUCACGUUGGCUCUCAGCCUCUCGAGUUACAGCUUCGGGUUCUCCCGCGGGUGCCUUUCCCUGCUCCGGGACAAAGCGGCUCGGUGGCAGUGGCGCGGUCCGGAGAAGACCCCCGCUGCGCUCGGGACUCCAGCUCGCAGGGCGCCCCGCCCGCCCGCCGCCCCGCUUCCACCCCUCCCGGCAGCGCAGGGAAAGCCCCCGCGGCUCCUCCCACCCCAGGGGCUUUUCUCCAGUCGCCGGCGACUUGGCUUCGGGAGCGCAGCCGCCUGGCGCCGCUUUCCGCCGGGCUGGAGCGCACGGUGCCCCUGGCUCUUCUGCGGAACGCCAGGGGCAAGAAUCGGUGACCUCGGGGCGCGCCCCGCGUCCCGGGUCCCCUAACCGUCACCUCGGCCCCCCGGCCCGCGCCUAGGCCUCCAGCAUGGUGCUGCUGGCUGGGCCCGGGCCGGAGGGCGGCGGGACGCGCUGCUUGUCCCCGCAGUCGCCGACGCCACCCCGGGGCGCGCAGACAGGGGACGACCCGGGGGACUACGAGGAGUACGAAGACUUCUCGAGUCUGCCGGACACCCGCAGCAUAGCCUCAGACGACUCCUUCUACCCUCCCGGAGGCGAGGAGGAGUGCGGCGCGGCGAGCGCGGAGUGCGUCCCGGAGGGCGUCCCGGAAGCGGCGACCCUCCUGCGCGCCGCCUGCACCAACGACGUGGGGCUGCUGCGGGCGCUAGUGCUGCGCGGUCCGAGUUCCGAGGAGGUACAGGAGACUGACCGCAACGGCCGGACUGGCCUUAUUGUGGCGUGCUACCAUGGCUUUGUGGAUACUGUGGUGGCCUUAGCAGAAUGUCCGCACGUUGACGUCAACUGGCAGGACAGCGAAGGGAACACGGCCCUCAUCACAGCUGCACAGGCAGGGCAUGCCACCAUCACCAACUACUUGCUGAAUUAUUUCCCUGGUCUGGACCUAGAAAGGAGGAACAUAUUCGGCUUCACAGCCCUCAUGAAAGCAGCCAUGCAGGGCCGAACGGAGUGUGUGCGAGCCCUGAUGCUGGCAGGGGCAGAUGUUCAAGCGAGGGAUCCCCGUCGUGGCAUGUCACCACAGGAGUGGGCUGCAUACACUGGCCGAGUGGAGGCUGUUCGUGUCAUACAGAGGCUUAUGGAGCGACCCUGCCCAGAGCAGUUCGGGGACAAGUACAAGCCGGAAUUGCCGCUUCCCCCUGAGGUGCUCUUGAAGGCCCCAGGUUCCAAAAACUGCUUUCAGAGAUUCGCCGAGUUCCUGCGGACCGCUCUGAGCUCCCGCUCAGGCCAGAGCCUGGAGGAUGGAGGCGUCCUUGAUCACAUGGUCAGGAUGACCACAAGCCUCUAUAGCCCAGCUGUUGCUGUCGUCUGCCAGACCGUGUGCCCGGAGAACCCUCCCUGUGUGGGGAAACGACGCCUGGCAGUGCAGGAAAUCCUAGCAGCUAGGGGGAACUGGGACGCCUGUGCUCUGGAUAGCAACAAGGUAGAGGGCUCUGACCCGCAAUUCCAGACUUUGGAGGGUCCCAGAGCCAGCCCCUGGCCAUCCCAGUCCUCUGGGACCCCAGGAUCCACCCCUGCCCCUGUGUCUCGGAAGGCCAGCCUCCUGCCAUUGCAGUUGCUGCGGAGGAGCAGCGUGCGGCCAGGUGUGGUGGUCCCCAGAGUGCGCAUCUCCAAGGCUCCCGCGCCCACCUUCCAGCCCGAGCGCCCAGCGCCCAAGGGCAACACCAAGGACAGCAUCCACCUGCAGAUCCCCAAGUGGCGGUACAAGGAGGCCAAGGAGGAGAAGAGGAAGGCGGAGGAGGCGGAGAAGAAACGCCAGGCAGAGGUUCAAAAGGAAAAGCGGGCGCCACGCUGGAGGAAAAGGACGUGAAAGGAGGCUAUGAUGCCCACUGUGUGUGCGCCAGGUGUGGGGAGGCUGCGCUAGGACCCAGCUGGGAGGCUGCGGGUGGUGUAGACAGCGCCACCGAGACGAGACGGGUGCCUCUCUCUGCCAUGGGGUGCAUGCUGUAUCACACAGCCUCUGCUUGGGCCGUACUCCUUUCCCAGACCCACGAAGGGGGGUUCACAUUGCUCCCAAGACAGAAUUGAAAAGACUAGAGAUGGUUUUUGCUUAAAACUAGUUCCCUGAGCAAUCUAUACACCCAAAGGGCAGUUUGCCUAGAAGUCACCACCCCUCAGAGGACCCCAAUUAAGAAUUUAAAAACUUAACUUAUCAAAGGGCAUUUUCGCAUACUUUUGUAUUUUGUUAUUUAUGAAAAAUUGCAGCAUUUUUCGAAUGUCAGGCUCUUUGUAAAUUAAGGCAGUUUUAAGACCCUUUGUUUAAAAACGCCGUCUCUAGCAAUAAAUACUUGUAAUGGCUGUGUGAAUUACACAGAACUCAUGGGAUUCUCCCCUUUUGCCAUUUGGUUCUGGCCUUUGCCUUCUCGUGUCCCAUGGACACACCUGUGCACUGGCUUUUCCUUUGAACUUGAGUGAUGCCAAAUGCCUGUUUCUACUUGAUUAAGGCACAGACUGCUAUUCAAAAUGAUCAAGUGGGAUGGAAGUCUUACUUUUGUUUCGUUUUUAAAUUCUUUUGUUCCUAUCAUCAUCAUCAUCAUCAUCAUCAUCAUCGUCAUCAUCAUUGAAAGUGAUAUGGCACAUUGCAGGAGUGUAUAUGUUGCUAGGACCAAACUCAUUUAAAGCAAAGGGCUUGGAUAGACCAUCUUCCAGAGGAUUUGAGGAAAACAAUUAUUUAAGGGGGGCAGACUUAACAAAUGAGUGGUAGAAACCAAGUCAUAUGUGCUCAGAAAAAAAACCAAACAUGGAUAUCCUUAAAAAUGUCCAAAGCUGCAGAGGGUAAGGGAUGCUGCAAAAUGCUGAGGGGCAGACAGGUGACCUUUAGAACAGGUGGUACACCUUGGAUGCUGGACAGUGGUUUGGGGAAGGUUUUCCUGGAGCGAGCCACACUCUCAUGGUGGCCCUCUCCUCCAGAGAGUCCCUUGUGCGUUUUGACAUACAGUUCCCCUUUGAUGAGCCCCAAGGUUCGGCUCAUUCCCACACCAACUUUGUAGAACUUCCAGUAUGUGGGGACUUUGGCGGGGAUGGGAUUUACCUUGGGUGCCAACCUGUCAGUGAAAGUUUUCUUUCUUUCUUUCUUUCUUUCUUUCUUUCUUUCUUUCUUUCUUUCUUUCUUUCUUUCUUU